UUGCCUGUAAGUUGUCAUGUCAUUCAGUCCUCCCAUCAAGGAGCCGUCGUAACCGUUCAAGCAUCCACACAGAUAUGCGAUUAUGAGACAGCCGUACAGGCGAAACAUGCUGGCGGUCCACGGACUGCAUUUUAUCGAUUGAACCACCUCAGCGAGCUGGAUGGCAUCGCUCGUUUCCUGGAGGUCCUUUUCGCCACCUCCUAUCCCAUUCUUGCUCACUUCAAACUGCUCCAGGGUUGGCUUGGUGGACUCAGUAGUCAUGUUGGAGGAGGAACUUCAAAAGUGCAAAGCUGGACUUGACUUCAACCAAGCUGAUCCCAAGCCGCGGGUGGGAAUGCAGAGCUCAAAUGGGUCAGGGAUGAUCGGCGGUACAUAGUGAUAUAUAUGAUUUUCUGGCGACUAGCUGGUUGGUAUAUCCUUCGCGCCAUGCUCAGAAUCUGGGGUCGCGCGGACUUUAGCUCUAGCGUUGACUAAAUUGAACUUUUUCCCGGUGGCACGGCAGCACGAGUGUUCACAUUGGGCACGCUGUUGAGCCCAUCCCAAUCAAGCUUGGGAAGCUGGCGCCAAUUCCGGACGAUAGCGUCUUUUCUCGGUUUCCAAUGACUUCGUUUCGUGGUCUUCAAGGGACCAGGUAGGUCACGGGCUCUUUCCGUCUCAGGGUUCGAGUGCCGACCCGGUCGUCUUCGGUUCCGACAUCCCCGAGAGGAUACAUGGUGCGGGGGUCAGAACACCAUCGUCGAGCUGGGCCUAACGUAAUUUAGCCGGCUCUCUGCCGAUCGAGAGUCACGAGUGGGGAGAAUGGAAUUUCCCCUACCGAGAAUCUCUUCAGAAUGACCUGCGGGGAAGUCGAGAUCCAGCCCCAAUCAUGGGCUUUUCCUUUCAGCAACCACCGUGUAAGUGAGAUAUCAAGAAUGCUUGAGGUCUCCAAAUAUGCUUCUGUCCCGUUGGUUCUACUGUCCCCGAGACCCGCGAACCUUGAACAUCCUCGGAGUGCCAGUGUCAACCUUUUCCACCACAGCCCAGCGCACAGACCGAACGAAGAGCUCUCGGCUCCGUUACCCCCGGACCCACUUUCUCCCUCACCCCAUCAGCACUCAGAUCCUAUCAGCUUCAACUUGCCGAAGCGGUAGCUGCAGAGAGUGUUCGGACCUCCAGCCUUCAUAUCCUAUGAUUGCUAGCUGGAUGGAACCCCCGCGCAACGAAUUUCUCCGUGCCAAUGCCGCGUACACGACUCUAAGCAAGUGGACCGACUCAUGCUUGUUCUCGCGGAUACCGGGCCCGAAAGCUGGGGAUUUGGGAUGAGAUCCGCGCCGGACAUCGCACCCUCAUGUCGAGAGCUAGUGUCUGCUCAUGCCGGUGGGUCGGCAUGCCCAGCUCCUAUACAGAGAGCUUUGUACUUGAACCAAUUGUCUCCACAACGCGUCCAUGUCCGAUGCUGGCAUUGGCAAGUCGCGCAUUGAGAAACUCGGCGCGCUCCGCCUUCUGGAGAAGGUCGAGGCUCCUUGACGCGGAAAUGUGCUGGAGAGGGGGCAAGUACAAGGUGUAUCGCCAUCCCCGCUUCAAUCAACAUUUUUUUUCUGCUGCCUCAUCCUCAUUCAGUCUAGCAUUGCUUGAUACAUAAGCUGUCACCCAUUGUCGGAGCCUCAGCGAAUAAACUUGGUCGAAUUCUACAAAGAUGGGUGAUUUCAAAGAAACAGUAACCAUUCCCACAACCCAUAUCAGCGCCAAUGACUGGGAAAAUCCGCAUAUCUUCCAGCGGAACAAGCUCCCUCCCCGUGCAUUCUUUCUCUCGGACGCAUCGCUGUCGCUCAAUGGCACUUGGAAAUUUCAUUAUGCGCCAUCUCCUCUUCUGGCACCGUCAAUUGACAGUGAGGAAGAUAGAGACCCUUCUUUUCACACCGACGAGUGGACGAGCAUAACUGUUCCGGGCCAUUGGCAACUUCAAGGUUACGGUAGUCCCAAUUACACGAACACCAUUUUCCCUUUCCCUUGCGACCCUCCACGUGUGCCCAGCCAGAAUCCUACGGGCACAUAUUGCAGAUCUUUUACGGUUCCAUCGGACUGGGAUCUCUCUGCACAAAUACGUCUUCGUUUCGACGGUGUUGACAGUGCGUACCAUGUCUGGGUGAAUGGAAAAGAAGUGGGAUAUGCCCAGGGCAGUCGCAAUCCAGCAGAGUUUGAUAUAACCAACUUCAUUCGCAACGGCGAGGAGAACAAUUUGGUUGUACGCGUGUACCAAUGGUCGGAUGGAUCAUACAUUGAGGACCAGGACCAGUGGUGGCUGUCAGGUAUCUUCCGCGAUGUUACCCUCCUUGCUUUCCCAAUGGCAGCUCGGAUUGAAGACUUCUUCGCGAAGACCGAGUUUGACCAAUCCUACACCGAUGCUACGUUGAAAGUCACAGUAAAUUUGGUUGCGACAGAAUCAGUCCUGUUGGAAGCGGCCUUGCACCAUCUACGGGGUACCCAAGACACGAUCGGAUACAACAAAUUAUCUGUGGUUGAGAAUGGAUCGUUCACCUUGGUAAUUCCGGUAAAGAGCCCCAAGAAAUGGACCGCGGAGACACCACACCUUUAUGAUCUCCGGAUCACCUUGCGCUCUUCAUUAAACGGGGAUAAACCACUGCAAGAGAUCAACCAUCGAGUCGGCUUCCGUCAGGUCGAAAUCAAGAAUGGAAAUAUCACAGUCAAUGGUACCCCGGUGCAAUUCCGUGGUGUCAACCGCCAUGAUCACCAUCCGUUCUUUGGUCGGGCUGUGCCGUUGUCCUUUCUCCGAGAGGAUCUUCUGAUCAUGAAACGCCACAAUAUUAAUUCCGUACGAUGCUGUCACUACCCGUCCCAUCCCAAAUUAUACGAGCUCUGUGACGAGCUUGGCUUAUGGGUUAUGGAUGAAGCAGACCUAGAAUGCCACGGGUUUUAUGACGCAGUCGCACGUCCUCUAGAUGUCCCAGAGUCCAUGGACUAUGAGGAACGCAAGAAAUUGACCUUUGCGAAGGCGGCUCAGUUUACCACCGAUAACCCGGAGUGGAAGGAUGCAUACGUUGAUCGUGCGAUCCAAAUGGUCCAGCGGGACAAGAAUCAUGCUUGUAUUGUGAUUUGGUCCCUUGGUAACGAGGCAUUCUAUGGCCAGAAUCAUCAGGCCAUGUAUGACUACAUCAAGGCGACCGAUCCCAGCAGACCAGUCCACUACGAAGGAGAUCCGGAGGCAAAAUCGGCAGAUAUGUUCUCCUAUAUGUACCCAUCGGUGGACAGGAUAACGAAAUUGGCUGUUGCAGAAGGCGACAACUUCAAGAAACCUAUCGUCCUCUGUGAAUAUGCUCACGCAAUGGGUAACGCCCCUGGUGGCCUAGAGGAGUACAUGGAGGCAUUCCAAAAGCACCGCCGCCUGCAAGGCGGGUGGAUUUGGGAGUGGGCAAACCAUGGUCUAUGGGAUAAGGACCGUAAUUUCUAUGCUUACGGUGGAGACUUUGAUGACUACCCUAACGACGGGACGUUUGUCAUGGAUGGUCUUUGCUUUAGCAACCACACACCGACUCCUGGCCUGGUAGAAUUGCGCAAGGCCUAUUCACCUAUUCAUGCUUGGUACGCCGAUGGUUCGAUCUCCAUCGAAAACCGGUAUGACUUUGCCGGUCUCGAGAAUUUGCAUGCAUUCUACCGCGUAGAAGUAAUGGACUCUGAAUCCACUAUCAUUGAUAGCGGCACUCUUCGCCUUCCUUUCAUUGAGGCUGGUAAAACGGGGCAAUUGGAAUUCAGCCCAGAUUUACCUGCCAUUUCAGAAGGGGAAAUCUGGCUGACGGUGGGCUUCCGUACGACGGAGGACAAGCCCUGGGCUGCAAGUGGACAUGAAGUCGCUUGGUUUCAGCACCCGCUCAAGGCUAUCUCUGUGGAGCCUCGUCUUCCCCCCUGUCUUCCCAUUAACUUCGUGUCCAGUAGAGCUGUUCAUACCGUCAGUGGCUCGGAUUUCAGUCUUACAUUCUCGCGUUCCACUGGAGGGUUGACCGGCUGGACAGUGAAAGGUUAUCAACUUCUUGACUCCGAUACCAAAACUGGCAUGGCCCUGGUUCCAGGCUUCUGGCGUCCUCCUAUCGACAAUGACAUGUCCUGGGCCCUCGGCGAGCGACGCAGGUACUCACUGGAUGACAUGCGAGUACAGUUGCGGAGCAUGGAAGUUGCGCACGUCGGUGAUAAUUGCGUUCGGAUUACGACCGAGUCCUGGUUGGGUCCGCCAGUUCUCGCCUGGGGCUUCGUCGCUACCACAAUCUAUACCAUCACUGGAGAUAGUCAUCUUGUAGUCUCAGUCCAUCUCAAACCCCAAGGCUCGAUGCCUGCAGAUCUUCCUCGAAUGGGUCUAGACUUGCGCCUUGCCGACACGUUCGACAAUGCGAAAUGGCAUGGUCUUGGUCCCGGAGAGUCCUACGCAGACAAGAAGCGCUCUCAGAAAAUGGGAAUCUACAAGGCUACCAUGGAACAGCUCCAUACCCCAUACGAGGUGCCCCAAGAAGGUGGAAACCGAUCCGAUACCCGCUGGCUACAACUCAGCGAUAACCGUGGCUGGGGCAUCAAAGUUUCUCGGAGCUCGGUGGACACCGAUAAAGACACCGGUACUACUUUCCAAUGGGUCGCAUCUCGGUACAGCGCAAAGCAAAUCGAGACUGCCAAACACCCUUGUGACCUUGUGCCCGGCAAGACAGUUCUUGUCCGGAUUGAUGCUGAGUGUAGCGGGGUAGGAACUGGUGCUUGUGGCCCGACGACUUUGGAGAAGUAUCUUGUACCCUGUGAGGAGCGCAAAUUCCAGUUUGAGUUUGCUCCCACUUUCAAGGAGGGCCAUUAGUGUUAGCCCGUCCUUGUCACAUAGGAGCUAGUGGAAUGCAACGCGUUCUACUCGCAAGGUUUGAUUGAUCACAGGAAUAUUUUGGGGCCACAAAUUGUGUCAGAAUCCAACCACCGGAGAAAGAUCUAGUUCGAUACAUUUGAAGUAGCGCUCCUUUGGAGCGUGUUUGUAAAGAUCUCCAGGGCUGUCCUCCUCAAUAGACGUGAAUUACCUACCUCUCGCCUUGUCUUUCAAAUCAU